AUAGGGUUCAUGGGGUCCGGAAAUAGUAAUUUAGUGGAUGAGAAUGGCAAUAAAAUGACAAAACAGCAGAUUAAAGAGUAUAAGAGACAGCAAAAGGAAGCUAAGAAGGUUGAAAAGAUAGCUCAGAAAGCGCAUAAAUAAAGCAGAGAAACAGGCUAAGAAAGAAAUGAAAAAGAAUCUCACAAGAGCUGAGACAACUAAAGUUUUUGUAAAGGGAAAUCCUCUCAGUACACAGGAUUUAAAAUAAGGCUGCAAUAGCAAAAGAACACUUAGGGCUUCUAAAGAAAAAGAUCAAUAAUGAAUCUACUUUUAGUUCAAAAUUCCCAGGACCAUCUUCAAGAACGAGUGGGAACAAUUGGGCUACAGAUAGAAGUCCUUAUGGAAAUAAAUCCAAAGCUGUUGGUAAAAACAGUCCGAACUAUAUCAGUGAUAAAAGAAAAGUAUAUGGACAGUAUAACAAGAGCCCUGAUAAUAGAGCCUUAAAUAACUCUCCAAUUCAUCAUAAAACACCUCGUCAGUUAGCUGUAUAUCCAACAGAGAACCUCUCUGAGGCUCCUCCUACCAACUUUAAGCUAGUCCCAUGCUCAAAAUGAGGAAGAAAUUUCAGCAAAAAUAAUCUGGCCAGACAUGAGUCUGUCUGUAAGAAGAAGGCUACAAGAAACAAUAAAGUAUUCAAUUCUAAAAAGCAAAGAGCUGCUUUAUCAGGAGACCCGAAUGAUGAUACAGCUACUUCUUGGAAAGAUAUGCAGUCUAAUAGAAGGAUGAACAAUGCUAUGAGCGUAGCCAAGGAUUUCAGUACUGUAGAAGAGCCGUCUACUCUAAUAAGAUACAAGCUUUGUCCAAUCUGUAACAUCAAACAGACCACAGGCGGAUAUAACUUGCAUUAUGAAGAGUGCAACCAAAGAAGAUUAAGGAUGGGACAAAGAAAACAACGUAGACAGCUAGGCUCAAGGCAGUUCCUUUCUUAGAAUAUUAAG